AUGUGCAAUCUUCCACAAAAGAACAACGUUGAUUAUCAAAAACAAAAGAGCUUCAUACAACACAACACAACAUCAAAUAAACCUCAACGUCAAACACCAACAUCUAUUGACGUUCAACAUAAAUCCCCAGAUCGCGUUCACCGCUGGUUGCAAGGUACCGGCGAGUUCAACAAUCAACCUAUUUCACCAUCCAACAAUGUGCCAAAUAGUCAACCUUCUGGAAAUCAAUAUGUCCUGGACGACGGAGUAAAUUUAAGAAGCCCUUCACUUGGUUUUCGUCCACAAACUUCACCAUAUAAUGUGCUUGCUGCUGCAUUCAACCAAGAAAAUAGGCAGACUAGUGCAGGUUUCACUGGAAAUAACCAACAACCAAACCAAGAGACUUCGAAUGGCUCACCAAGUCAAGUAUUAGCUAGCUAUCACAACUUUCUUAGUAAACUUCAAGAGCGUAUACGUAACGGACACAAUCGUGUAGAAGAUCCAUACAGCUCGACCGCAGUUCAACGUAGUAAGAUGGAUACCUCUCCUACAUCUUCAGAGCUUUCUAAUAAUGAUACAAAAGUCAAUAAAUAUGCAGCCAACAUGAUGUUUAUCAAUAACUUUACCUCCCAACCUCGUUACGACGGCUUACAACCGCCUGGUGAGAGAGCUCAUCAAACGGAUUUAACUACAGUUAUGAUGAAUACCAUAAGUGACCAUUUCUCCCAACCGCAUUACAACGGUUUACAACCCCCGGGCCAGAGAGCCCAUCAAACGGAUAUGACUACAGGUAUGAUGCAUCCCAUGAAUAACUAUCAAGGAGGUACCAAUAGUCAAGUUUCGGAGAACAACCCAGUUCCUACACACCAUACCAAUCACGAAAAUGGCAUUUUCCGGAAUAUUCCCCAGUACCAGGAGGUCCAACGCAACGGCCAUGUGCAAUACAAUAAUACUAUGUCUCUGACACAACAAGCCGUCCCAAGCUCCGGAGACCGCAUGUCAACCAAUCAUCUUCCUUCGACGACUCCUCAACACGUCAUCCUAGAUCGUUUCGAAGAUUCGCCAUACAAUAAUCACCCUGACCCAUAUGAUGAGGAAACGUCUGAUGAUGAUGAUGAUGAUGAUGAUGAAGAUGUAUCUCAUAGCUCUCUCACUACACCUUCCAACUGGGCGGCACAUCAACUUGCAGUCCAAAAUACGCAAAGCCCUGUACCUGAUACACCUUCUGGUUAUGUUAGUGAUCAGGGGGCUCCAGGGCCAGUAGGUACAGGCGUAAAUGUCCCUAAUGUUCCAGGUGCUAUGUCAUCAAGCCAGAAUAUAGACAGCAACGAACAAAGCUUAGAUGUCCCUAAUGUUUCCUAUGAUGAGCCAUCAAAUCAGCAUAUCAGCGCCAACGAACAAGGCUUACAUGUCCCUGAUGUUCCAGACAACAUGCCGCCAAACCAGCAUAUAGUCCACAGCGAACAAGACUUAGAUGUCGCUAAUAUUCUAGGCAAUAUGCUACCAAACCAGCAGAUACACAGCAACGAACAAGACUUAGAUGUCCCUAAUAUUCCAGACAACAUGCAAUCAAACCAGCAUGAAGUCCGCAAUGAUCAAGGCGAUAUGCCUGCUUCAGGUGGCGAUGAGAUGGAUACUACAGAGGAUCAAAUCCUGUCUGGUAAGCUGAGUACUAUUACACCACUGGCGCAGUUUUUUGACUUAAUUCCAGAUGCUGCUCAACCAUUGAACGCAAUCCAUUCUGGCCCUUCAUUGCCACAAGACACCAGGUCGAGACAAACACCCCAGCUUGAUAGCAACCCGACGCCUAUCUCGAGUGUCGAAAAAACAGGAGCAGCCCUCGACUCCGGAGAAGUCGAUACUCGAUCCGCUAUAGUUUUCUCACCAACUAUACCAGGUACAUUGGCAUCCAACGUCCAUCAACCACAGAUGGAAGCUCCUCAGGCUUCCAAUCCGCUCAGACAUCCCGCUAGAAAUGAGAAAUCUGAUACUCGAAAGGAUCCCUCGCGGGAUGCAAACCGAGUAAAUAAAUCUAUUCGUCGUAGAAAGCCAGCGAAGUCGCAAAAAUUACUGUCUGCAAUCGCCAACAGCGCUUCCCAAUUAUUAGAGGAGUCGGCAUCUCAAGCUGUUGAAGCGCAAAAUGAUCCAGAGAACUCGACCUCUCAAGCUGUUGAAGCAGAGGAUGAAUCAGAUACCAGUGUUGAAUCAGUAGAAUAA